GACAACUUCACGUUCGCGCGGUGCGUCCGUAGCGUGUAGUGUGUGUGCUUUUUUUUUUCUUCACCGGGCUGUUUGUGGAAGUUGAGCUGAGUUUCCCCUGUUUUUGAGGACUUCUGCAUGAGGACAACACCCGUAUGAAGACAGCAGGGAUGGCUCUGGAGCAGCUCAGUGAGGUGGUCCAAAGAUGUCAGGCUCUUCCAGACGACAGCUACACCACCGAGGAUCACAACAUCUUCACGGUUGCUGGGCAGACUUGUAUCGAGGAGGGAAACAGCGCGCAGGUCCUCAGUAUUGUGCUGGAUGAAAAGAAUCAGGAGAUUGUGAGAUGCAUGGGUUGGAACCUGCUGCCUCCGCUGAUCCAGGUCCUGCUGAAGAAAGAAGACAAGAAUCUUCCUCAGUGUCUGGCCAUUUUUAACCACCUGCUGGAGACGUGCAGACCGAAAGAGCUGCUGAUCGGCCUGUUGGAGCAGCUGGAGCAGGAUGAUCCUGAUACAAUAGCAGAGAGCCUCCAUCUGCUCUUGAAGCCUUUACAGAAAGUGCUCGUGCGCCUGGGCGGCCGUAAGGCGUCAUCCUUGGGCAUGGCGCUGUCGUCCGUGCUGGACCAGGUGGCCAAACUGCCUCUCCCUCACACCAAGGAGCAAGAGGAGGAUGACGUCUUUUCGUUUUGCCGGUGCUGCACUGACAUGAUAGAUUUCGUCAGACCUUUUGUUCAAGAAGUCAGGCAUAACCUGCUGAAUAAUGUGAUGCAGAGCGAGACUGCAAACAGGACCGUGGGCAGACAGGGGAAGGAUAAAGAGGAUGAGCUGCGGACAGAACUUCUGAAGUUCUGUAUGAAGAGUCUGAGUCAUCCUCUGUUGGAAGUACACCUCAAGGAUCCUGACACGCUGGCUCUGUCCCCCCUCAGGACUUUUGCCACCGAGAUUUUGAACAUCCUCGGUUCUAUCGGGGAGUCCCUCAGCAGUCUCGUGCACCAGCCUCUUUUGAAGAGAAAGCAGGUUCCCGGCUUUCUCGAGGAGGUGGUGCGUUAUCCUAAAGAGUCUUUGGCCAGCUUGGCUCAUCUGGUGUUUGUCCAUCACCUGGCUGCAGACACCUUCCCCACUGUUUUCAGUCCCGUGUUCAGUCUUCGAUGUAACAUCGAGCACGUCUCUGUCCUCCUGUCCAGAACUGAGGAGUCCAAGCUUCAGAAAGGACUGGAGCUGUAUGAGAAAAGUCUGGUGCGAGUCGAGGACGGCAGUCUGCGUGCCGACCUGCUGGAGAUUAAAACCUUCCUCACAGUCCCUCAGAACUUAAUAAAGGUCAUGACGAUAUGUCCAAAGCAUGAACUGAGAACUAAAGGACUGAAGGUUUUCCAGCUGAGCAUUGAUAAGUUCAACACUGAAGCCAAGUACAGAUUCUUCCAGUACAUGUUGAAGACGAGUAACCACUCAGGAGUUGAAGGCUACAUCAUUAAAAAUAUCAAGAAUCAGAUAGACAUUGCCCUGCAGCCAGGUAACAGUAACGUCUGGUUUGAAGGCAUUCAGCUCAUGCCUCUGCUGCGUAAGGUUCUUAUUCUUCCAGAUGGCCCAGAGACUGACCUCCUGCAGUACCUGGACAGAGUCAUGGAGUCUCUAAAUCUGCUGCGUUACCUGGUCAUCAGAGACAAAGUGACAGAGAACCAGACCGGCAUCUGGACAGAACUGUAUAAAGUAGAAGAUAUGUUCAUGAAGCCUCUUCGUGUUGGUGUGAACAUGUCCAGGGCCCACUAUGAAAGAGAGCUGCAGAACACAAUGGAGGCCAAGAAGAGCAAGGCUAAAGAAGAGUCUGUACUUUCUGUGUCUGUUGGUGGUGAGGAGCUGCCCAGCAUGACACCAGAGUCACAGAUUCAGGCUCUGCACUCUGCCCUGCACACGUUUGACAUGAUUGAGAGCGUGUUGGCACGGAUAGAGGAACUCAUCGAGGUGAAGGACAACCUGUAACCACACAAGCUCAUCUCAAACAGAAGACUGUUACUUGUUUCAAAACAAAGUGCUAGUGCACUGCUGGUCUCUUUGUUUUACAGUGUAAUUAUAAAAUGUUGCAUACAUUGUCAAUUAGAAGUUUAAAAAAAAAAAAAAAAAAGGCAAGUUUGUAUCAGCUCUGUAAUAAAC